AUGGGAGAUGCAACCAACAAUCAUUCAACCGAACCUGUAGUUGUUGUUACGGGUUUUGGUCCAUUUGGUCACCACAAGAUAAACGCCAGCUGGGAGGCUGUCAAAAUGUUGCAUCAGUUGGAUACCGAAAAUGAUCUGAAAAUCAAGUUAGUCACUUUGGAAAUCCCAGUUGAAUACAACUUUGUUGAGUCUGAAAUCCCCAAGAUUUGGGACAAGUAUCAACCUGAGUUAGUGGUGCAUGUAGGAGUUUCCAGCGUAGCUUCUGCUAUCACGCUAGAAACUCAAGCACACAAAUCGGGAUACAAACAAGCCGACAUUAGUGAGAGACUUCCAACUCUUGGUUCGAACUGUCUUUGCGAUGAAGAAUGCCUUACUACUAAACUAGAUGUACCUGCGAUUAGCCUGUCUGUGACCUUAAAUGAAGGCCUACCUGUUUGCGUUUCUAAGGAUGCAGGAAGAUACCUCUGCGAGUUUUCAUACUUUACCUCUCUAAGUCAAGAUGAGUCGAGAGCGAGAGCCAUUUUUAUCCACGUUCCAGAGUUGAAUAAGCCGUACUCAGCCAGUGAUUUGGCAAAAGGUAUCAAGGGAGUGAUCCGCGAGAUCCUUAUUCGCAGAAAACAGAAUUGAACCGCAUUGUUAGUAGAUACUUUCUGCUAUUUUCUUAAUUGGAUGCGAUCCUUAUAAAAUAAAAAAAACAUAUUUUAUUAAUGAUGGAAAAUUUAUUGCCCUGCUCGCAAAGUGUCGAUCAGAUGCUCAAAUACAUGUGCUGGGAAAAUCAUAACCCGUCUGUAAGGGACUUGCCCACACUGCUUCAUUUCCUCGUCAAUGGAUGAUGCAUCUUCUGCCUGAAGAGGAAAUUCAAACUCAUAUUCAGUUUUGCCUUUUAGAAAUUCCUCUUCCUCGUUCACCCACUCGUCCAAGACUUCAUUUUCAAUUUCCACUUUGUUAAUUUUGGCAAUCAGCACAAAAUGAGUGAAGGCAAAUGGCAUCUUCUUAUUUACUGCCGAUUGCAGUUCCUUCUUCAAAUUGAAGAAGAUGGGAGGUGCAAUGGUUUGUGGAAUGUUGACAAACCUUUCAUUGAUCAAGAGCCCUAACUUGCAAGGCUUCUCAGCGAGGAGAUUUGCAAUGAGUGCAUCAUUUCUACCAUGUUUCUCAGCCAGUGUAAGUAGCAGUUCCUUGAGCUGUUUUACACAUGGAAAACGUUCACGCUCAGCAAGUGACACCACAGUUGUUACACCGAGAAGGGUGAUCUCUUCCAAAGUAUCAUCAUCGUCGUCAUCGUCAUCAGUCCCUGGCAUGGUGUCACAAUCUUCGACAAUCACGCUGCCCACGUAAUUUUGUUCAAUGACCAGGUCGGUCAAAUUGCUGACAUCAACAUCAGUGUGGGGUAGGAGCUGAGAAGAAAGGAGAGUCCGAAUUCCAUGAAAGUCAGAGUCUUCAGCGCAUCUGCCCAUCACAUCAAAUUUAAUGGUUUCUAAAUUACCAAUUCUGUCCAUUCUGAGUUUCUGUGAAAAAGAAAAAUAAACCAAUUACCUA